UUCGCACAUGCGCGGAACCGAUCAUGUUGCUGUACGGAUCGAGUAGCGACAUCUGUCCUUCCGGAUGGAUACAUUGUGGUUAAGAGGACGGUGCAUGUCGUAGGUCGCUCUGGACGAUAAAGUUCAGUGGGAAUUAUACACGGUGUGAAAUCAGUAGAUGGUAUGUCCGGGCGCGCAAGAGGAAAAUGGCGUGGCAGAGAGACUGGGGCCCGAGGCGCGCAACCACCUCUGCCUCAGAAGGAAGCUCAAGCUGUGUGGCCACCACCGCCCAAGAGAGAGCUCCAAGGGAGGGGAAGACAGAAAUCUGCCCCCGUGGCGGCGGCAGAAGGAGAAAAGCCGUAUCACUGCUCGGAGUGUGGGAAGAGUUUUACGCAGCAGAGUAGUCUCCAAAUACACCAGCGCAUUCAUACAGGAGUGAGGCCAUAUCACUGCUCGGAGUGUGGGAAGAGUUUUAUUACACAAAGUGAUCUCCAAAUACACCAGCGCAUUCAUACAGGAGUGAGACCGUAUUACUGCUCGGAGUGUGGGAAGAGUUUUAUUACACGAAGUAAUCUCCAAAUACACCAGCGCAUUCAUACAGGAGUGAGGCCAUAUCACUGCUCGGAGUGUGGGAAGAGUUUUAUUACACAAAGUAAUCUCCAAAUACACCAGCGCAUUCAUACAGGAGUGAGGCCAUAUCACUGCUCGGAGUGUAGGAAGAGUUUUAUUGCACAAAGUAAUCUCCAAGCACACCAGCGCUUUCAUACAGGAGUGAGGCCAUAUCACUGCUCGGAGUGUGGGAAGAGUUUUAUUACACAAAGUAAUCUCCAAGCACACCAGCGCAUUCAUACAGGAGUGAGGCCAUAUCACUGCUCAGAGUGUGGGAAGAGUUUUACGCAGCAGAGUAGUCUCCAAAUACACCAGCGCAUUCAUACAGGAGUGAGGCCAUAUCACUGCUCGGAGUGUGGGAAGAGUUUUACGCAGCAGAGUAAUCUCCAAAGACACCAGCGCAUUCAUACAUACACUAUUUAAAAGAAAAAAAAAGUAUGGUAAUAAAUGUGUUACCUUCUUUUCAUAAAUCCUGUAAUAUUUUAAGCUCAUUUUGGGGUCAUUUGGUCAGAGAUUCUACACAGACAUUAUCAUUGGUAGGACUACAGUCAUUAUCGCCUGUAGUUUUUUGUCCUACCCGUUUUCAUAAAUUCCCAAAUUCUGUGCAAUGUAUUGGAUGCUAAAUGUACUGUACCGUCGUCGGGAUAUAAGAUAGUUUUAAACAAUCCGAUCGAAGGAAGGCGGGACGUGUCUGAAUACGGGUGGGAAAACAAACAUAAGAGUAACCGCGAGCACAAACACAGCAAUGCCAACCUAGCCUUCUAAGUUGAUGCAGCUCUUCACGUCCGCGCUUUUUUGUUGUUUUUCUCGGCAAUAUGGGGGUUCCAAAAUUUUUCAGAUGGAUAUCCGAGCGAUAUCCGUGUUUGAGCGAAGUUGUGAAGGAGCACCAGGUUUGUGUUCAUAAAUGAUGCUAGUUAACUUCAGCACUAGCAUCCGGCUAACACUUUACCUCAGUCAGGGCUGUGUAUGUUUACAGGUGUAUUUACACAUGAUUGGUGAUUAAUUUUAGCUAAAGAAGGCAGAAAGAACAAUAAAUUCACUGUGGAAACAUUCUGAAGUUAAUUUCCAGCGCUUUAAUUACUCAGUGAACAGUAAGUAAUUGUGGAACAAUCCCAACUCGAUGUGUGUUACAGCUGUAGGUCACUACAUAGAGCGCGAGGGGAGGGAACUUUGUGCUAACCCCAGUGCUCAUGACAGGACAUAAGGGUCAUGUAGUCUGUAGCUGUGACAACUUACAUGUGGGUUUAUCUCUAUAGCCACACAAAUAAAAACAACGUUUAAUAUAUCUAUAAAUAUAUUGUUUAUUACUAAAUCUAUUUAGUAUUAUUCUUAUUGUAGAAUUAUAUUGACGUCAUUAUAGAAAGUUUUAUUUGUAAAACUGAGGUGAUUCAAAUGGACUUUUUAGAUGAGAGAAAAUAAAUAUAUAAUCGUUUAUAAUGAA